UUCAAUUUGGAGCAAUAUUUCUUAAUAAGAGUGAAUUGAAUUUAACACUUCUUCAAAGUUUAAUUUAGUAAUUUAUAUGGAAAGUAGAACAGAUUAAUACCAAGGAAUUUUCAAUUUCUUAAAAUUCUUUUAAGCAAAAAAUUAUCCUUUAUACCGUGUACAUAUAGUACAUAAAUUUAAAUUGGAUAAGUAAUAUGUAUAUAUACUUUUGAAAAUAUUUCUGUUUAUAUAGAUCUACCAUAAACACGCUGAAUAGUCCUUCAAUAAGCUGAACAUACGCGUGUCACAGUCAAAAUAUUUUCACACUCUUGUCCCUGAUGAAAUUCAAUUUCGCUGUAAACCUUCAGUUUCAUAUCUUGUGGCGAUAAAGAUGGAUGUACACGUAGACUAUUACACAUUUGAAAGCGUGCUUGGAAAAGGAACAUUUGGAACUGUGUACUUGGUGAGAAGGAAGAAAGACUCGAAGCCAUUCGUUAUAAAAGCGCAAGACUUAAAUGCAGUAAACCAUUCGCCUUCUGAGAGAACACUGGACGAGAUACAGUGCCUACAGAAAUUGAGACACCCAAACAUAGUGUUUUAUUAUGGAGCAUGGAAGAAAGAUAAUUACAGCUAUAUUCUUCUGGAAUAUGCAACUCGGUGUACUCUCAAGGAUUUGCUUGAAAAACGAGACAUACCACUUAACGAAGAGGAUGCGCUGUAUCUAUUUUCACAAGUUACUCUGGGAGUGCAUCACAUUCACUCGAACAAAAUUCUUCACCGAGAUCUAAAACCGGAAAAUAUCAUGUUGACUGGCAGCCGCGGUGAUAUCGUCAAGAUCGGUGACUUCGGCCUUUCAAAAAGUAUCCAAGAAAACUCGAUAACGUGUCACGCAGGAUCUUAUUAUUAUAUGGCUCCGGAAGUGCUGAGUGUACGGCCGUAUGAACUUAAGUGUGAUAUAUGGAGCAUGGGCGUAAUACUAUAUGAAAUGGUUACAAAGAGAUCUCCAUUCCCAGCCACGAAUUUAGCCGAGAUUACGAAACUAGUGCGUAACAAUCCGCCGCAGCCUUUGCCGCAUUGGUUGUCGCCUUCCAUUGUGAAUUUAAUAUCGAAGAUGCUGAGGAAGAACAGCUUGUGUCGGCCCCGCACUGAUCAGCUCGUACUUUGCCCCUUUCUUGUCCCUUACAUCAUUCGAGUAUAUCUGAAUCUUGGGCGUGAAAUUAAUCUCGCUGAACGAGAACGUGACAGCUUUGGGCCACAUGUUUUUCUAAAAUUUAUCAAUGCAUGAAAAUUUGAAUCAAAAUGAUAUUUUAAUGAUCAAUGUCUUGGAAGAGAAGGAAUGGGAAAAUAGUAUUGCCACAUAUAUGGGAAUUCGUUUUAUAAAAUGGAAACAAAUGUCGUUUGGGGAGAAUUUUAACAAGAUUUUCGUAAAGAUGUUUUUUGUCGCAUGGCAAUUAGAUCGCAACUUAACUUAAACAUUUUUCUAAACUUAUAUAUGAAAUUAUCUUUUUCUAGAGCACUAAAUAAUUUUCAAGU